UCGGGGUUGCAAACAUGCCAAGGAGGAGCAGCAGAAAAGGAAGGCACAGAGAGCCCCCAAAACUACCACGGGGCGAGUGUUCUCUUUAAACAUCGUCAUCCCAGGUCACUCCUUCGCGGCGGCAUUCCGAGGAGAAGCAGGACAGCAGCAAGAGCAACCUCAGGAAUUCCAUGUUCCGGUGACUCCACCUACAACAAGGAAGCAGAUUGUACCGGCUCCUGCACUGCAGAAAGAAACAGGUCAAACAAGAUGUCUCUAAGGCGGGGGAUAACGCCAAAUCUUGUGAACAAGCAGUUCAAUUCACCCAUCAAGCUGUACUCGCCCGAAAGCAUACAGGAAGCCCUCAACAAGCACACCCAGGCUCUGUCCAACGGCGCCAUCGGGGUUGAUUUCCACCAACUGGCAGCACCAAAUCUGGCAAAUUCUGCUGUUCUCAAGAUGCUGGAGGAGGAAGAGAGACACCGAGGAGGCAAAGAAGACAUAUCAGAGACGGAAAGUAGAAGAAAUCACCGAUUUGAAUGGCCACCAAAGGAUCUUGGCCACCGUAUCCAUGGCUUUACCGACGACAGCAAGUACCGUCAAAGUUCCUUCUCGGCUUUUUAUUUCAGCACUUUGCCAGGUCUGAAACGAGUUGCUUGGCCACCUCUUCCAGAGAAUUUUGAGAACAUUGUUACAGAGCAACCAGUUUACGGCAAGGAACAUGUUGCUGUUGCUGGGAAAAGUUACUGGGGGAGGGGGCACACAGACAGCAAGGUACCUAUAACUCAUCAGGCUCAGCAAAAUACUUGGCAGAAUUCAUUUGAUCAAGUGCCAGCAUCAUCACACCUACAGCAACAACCAGAACAGAAUAAUCAGUUCUAUCCACCUGCCCAACAGCAGGUGUACCAACCACAGUACGAGCCACCACCUGCAACAGUUGCCCUGCGACCCGCUGCCCCGGUGAGCCAGGAACCUCCACCUGUGUUUACGUCCCAACCCGCAGCAACAAAGGCAGUUGGAGUAAGGAUGAGGGGGGACGAGAAGUGGCCACCAACAGCUUACAAGAUGCAAGCUGCAGCUGAGAAUGAGGCUAGAAAAGCACUGGCUAAAGGACCUGCCUUCCGUCCAAAGAAAGUCCACAAAGACUAUUCUGCCUUCUUUGCCCAGAAUGCCCUCACCCCAAACUACCCAACAUACAAAGCUCCUCCUGGAACACAGCAUUACAUUGAAGAAGGAACAUCUACUUUCUGAGCACAUUUCAAAUUGUACCAAACCCUGCUACAUGAAAGAAAGUCACAUAUUUGUAUUUAAAAAUUAAUAAAUGUUGAUUAAUUCAAGACACUUCAGUAGCUUGACUAUAUACGCAAUCAAGGUAACAUCCUUGCUUUUGCCUUGAGGGGCUGAGAAAUACAAUGAAUAUCUCUGGAAGUAUAGCUGGUGCCCUUGUU